AUGGAGUUGCACGGACUGCAUCAUGUAGAAGUGGAUAGAACACUAUAUCUAGUACGGAAAGUCUACCCGGAGGUGUCAAGAGAUACUGUACAGAAGGUGGUUAGAAGCUGCGACCGUUGUCAAUCAAUCGAUCCGUCGCCAAAUGUUCACGAAUUAGGAGAAAUCCAAGUAGACACCAAUUGGACCAGAUUAUCUAUCGAUGUGACGCAUUAUAGAGGUGAAAUGUAUUUGACUAUAGUUGAUUGUGGCCCUGGCCGGUUCGCCAUUUGGAGGGAGAUUCGAGCAGCAACGGCAGACAUCAUUGCGAAGGAGCUGGAGGAAUUUUUUUUUUUCGAGCGUGGACCAGUUGAAGAGGUACUCAUGGACAAUGGGGCAGCGUUCCGUUCGGAAGUUUUUCGGUCAAUGUUGGAUAAGUGGAACACUAGGCAAUAUUAUAGAGCAGCGUACAGGCCUAGUGGAAAUGGUAUCGUAGAACGAAACCACCGAACUAUAAAAGUCAUUGCCGAGAGAGGAGGGAUAUCGCCUGCAGAAGCAGUAUUUUGGUAUAAUAUGUCGCCUAAAUCUGGCCAACGUGAAGACACUGUGCCGCACAGAGCAGUUUACACAUACCAAUGGAGACAUCCUAGAGUUGCACCAUGUUUAACACGCUCUGACGGCCCUGAAUCUAUACGGAUUGGAGAGGAGGUUUGGGUCAAGCCAACUGGAGCCCGCUGCACGACAAAAUGGACAAGAGGAAUGGUUACCGGAGCACAGUCGCGCAACAAUGUUGAGGUGGACAGUAUGCCAAGGCAUAUUCUUGACCUAAGAGAGAUUCAAGAGGAUUUAGAGAAUGAAGGAGAAAAUUGGAGAAGUUCUCAUGAGGCUUGGGCCCAAAUACUGCGGAAAUCGCAAAGAGAGCGACACCCGCCCAGAUGGAAGGAUGAUUAUAUAACGUGA